AUGGGCCAGUCCCUCGCUUCGCACAAGGCAAACUCCAGUCAAGGGGGCGAUGCUUGGCUUGCAUCCGCUUUGGGCAACCCCAAAGAGGGUGAGACCAGGCCCGAGUUUGACGAGGAUGCGGCCAGCGCAGUCGAAACAAAGCUGCUUAGUUCUCUUAUUCGCCCUUCAGAUGCGUCGGUGUUCAAAGUUCUCCGAGCCCGUUUUGCUCAGGAGGACAUCUACACGUACGGCGCGCUGAAGUCCCUGGUCGUGUGCAAUCCAUUCAGGCCAGUUCCCUGUCUUGAAGAUCCUAGCAUUUUGCCAUUCUACAAGGCAUGUCUGCGGGUCGACGAGCUUGAAGGUUCUGGAGCAUUCAGCUCUGAAGAGCCUCACAUCUGGGCUGCAUGUCGGGAUGCCUGGGGAUACAUCCGCAGAACUGGGCAAAGCGUCUCCUUCGUGAUUCAGGGAGAAAGUGGUGCCGGAAAGACGGAGACAGCGAAGCACGUGAUGCUGUACUUCUCAUCACCUACGCGGCAGUCCGCCGCCAGGCAAGGACGGGCCCGCUCCAGCUCUGUCAGCCUGCAGAAUGGCAGGUUGGAUGCCAACGCAAGCCUCGGCUUGCAAGAUGGCGAGAAGGCCGGCAUCCACCAGAUCAUGAUGAGCGCCAACCCCGUGACGGAGGCUUUGGGCAACGCCCGUACCCUGCGAAACGACAACUCCUCGAGGUUUGGCCGCUUCGUGAAGCUAUUUCUGAAUGCAGCCGGGGAGAUUGAGAGCAGCGAGAUGUCCAUCUACUCUCUCGAGAAGUCCCGCGUAGUCCUGCAAGCGCCGGGCGAGCGGAACUUUCACGUCUUCUACCAGCUGUUGCGUGGGGUUACACAGGAGCAAAGACAAAUCCACAAGCUGCGCAACAGUCCGCAGGACUACGCAAUGCUGCGAGGCGGCGGUAUCCUCGAGGUCGAGGGCAUGGAUGAUGCCAGCGAUUGGCACAGGCUGCUAUCUGCCUUUGGUGCUGUAGGGGCGGACGACGAGCAACUAUCGGGACUGUUGGAUGUCUUGUCUGCAACGCUGCUCUGUGGCGAGGUCCAGUGGGUGGCGGAAGCCCACGGUGGUGAGGCAGCGGUCUGCUCCUCCCCCGAGACCUUCGAAGACCUCGCUGCCUUGCUUGGAGUGCAGCCUGCUCUCUUGGAGGUGGCACUCAGCACCAAGAAGCGGAAGAUGCCGCGGGGCUCCAUCGUCUCCUCUCCACUCACGCCUAACCAGGCUGCGGAGCUGACCCAGUCCAUCGCGCGGUCCUUGUACGAGGCACUCUUCCUUUGGGCCGUGCGUCUGAUCAACACCCGCAGCCGCGGAGGUGCGGCCACGUCGCCGAAUCUGCCGUUUGCUGGCGUCUUGGACAUUUUUGGUUUCGAGGCUUUCAAGCACAACUCGCUGGAGCAGCUCUUCAUCAACUACUGCAACGAGCGCCUGCAUCAGUUCUUCAUCGAGGCUGCCUUCAAGCGGGAGCAGGCCAUGUGCGAAGAGGAGGGCAUCACCAUUACUCUGAAGUUCCAGGACAACGCCCACAUCUUGGCUGCCAUUGACUGCCAGGAUGCCAAGCUGGGCCUGGGUAUCCUUCCCUUGCUGGAGGAGCAAUGUGGCCUUCAAGCCGGCAGCAACGAGGCCUUCACGCAGUCCUGCCACCGGCGGUUCGGAAAGAGUCCUGCCAAGUGCUACGUGGAGCCAAAGAUGGCGGCCAGGGAGCAUUUCGAGAUUCUGCAUUCGUGUUGCCCGGUACGCUACAACACCAACCACUUUAGGGAGAAGAAUAUGGACAUCAUGCCGGCCGAGGUCGUCCAGCUCCUCCUCGGGAGCAGCAAAGCCUUCGUGCGCGAAACGAUGCAAGGCUCCUUGAACGAGUCCGCUCCCACAGACAAGCCAAAGAAGGGCUUUAUCGCUGCACAGCUGCUGCGGUCCGUGUCUGCGCUGUUCACGCUGUUGCGAUCCAGCGAGCCCAAGUUUGUCAAGUGUGUGAAGAGCAACAAGGAGAAGAAGCCCGUGGUCAUGGAGGAGGAGACCGUCAUCAGCCAGCUCCACACACUGAGCAUCAUCGAGUCGCUGCAAACGGAGCGCCAGGGCUUCACUUACAAGAAGCUUUACAAGGAGUUUCUCGAGGAGCACACUGCGCUUUGCGUUGCAGUACAUGGCUGCUUGCCCUUCGGACCCACUUGGCAGCGGCAGGUGGCCAGGCGAGGCGGCGACGAGGUUGCCGCAGCAAAGGCAAUGACACUGGAGGUCCUCGCGGCAGUUGGCCCCCCUGGUAGUGCCGCGCGGCGGCCGAGCCUGCAGCAGAUGGCACGUCCUGCUCUUCCACUAAAGGCUGCGGUAUGCAGCGGUGACCCGAGGUCCGCAGCUGGCCCUCUGUUCUUGAGCAACCGGGCAUGCGACGGCCGUCGACUGGCUCGAAGCAUCCACCGUCUACGAAACUUAGCGAGUUUUCGACGAAUAGGUACUGUAUACUCGGGCUUACAGGGCACCGAGCCCGUAUUGAAUUGGUUUUGGUCUUCCACGGUUGCCGCCAUGGCCCUUGCCAUGCAAGUCGAGACAAGGCAGUUGUGUAGCCUCCGCACUCCGUGCCGGAGCCGCGCCAGAGAGCUGCACUACGGCCUCCGAUCGACGAAGCUGGGGACCUAUAGAAGCCAGGACGGACCGCGAAGCAGCGCUGCUCGCCCGCAUGCUGCCGCUGGGUGCCGGCUAUUGCCGUGUGCGGCGAUACUGGCUGGGGCGGCUCAUGCUCAAAGGCGCCUCGGAAGACGCCAGCACCCAAAAAGGUUACGCUCGGUGGCCAUGGCCGCCGCAGAUGAGGCCUCGAAGCUCGUGAUGUGCUUCGACUUCGACGGGGUGGUUUGUGACUCUGUCGACGAAAGCACCACCGCUGCCUGGCGCCACGCCAAGGAGCGCUGGCCGGGGGCGGCCCUGGGGAGCUCGGCGGAGCCGUUUCUGCAACCCAUGCGGAUCGUACGUCCAGUAGUGGAGACCGGCUGGGAGAACACUGUCAUUAUCAGGACUCUCGCCGACGUGGACCUUGUGGAGGCUGCGCAGCGCGCCGCCACGAGGCCGAAGAAACGAAUGCAGGCGUCUGGCCUGGAGGCUUCCGCUCUGGGUGGAAUGCCUGGAGAUUUCGGCCCGCGGGGGCCAGCGACGGACUUGCUCAGCAACCUUGGGACGGCUGGGUUGAUGUGCAAGUCCAUACUCGGGAGCUGGGAGAAGAUGCGGGAUCAGAAGGUGGAGGAGCUUGGCCUGGACGUGCAGGAGCUCAUCCGCGAGUUUGGCGAGGUUCGCGACAGGUGGAUGUCCGACGAUCUCGCCUCGUGGCUAGCCUGCAACAAGGCCUACGACAUGGUGCCGGAUGUCAUGAUGGAAAUGGUCGGGCGGGGCGCAGAGGUCUACAUCAUCACGACGAAGCAGAAACGCUUCGCGCAAGCCCUUCUGGAGGACUUCGGUGUUGAACUGCCGGCGGACCACAUCUUUGCUUUGGAGGAUGGGCCCAAGCCGGCCGUGCUGAAGUCUCUCCUCGGCCGACCGGAGUACGCGGAGAAAGAGUUCCAUUUCAUCGAGGACAAGCUGGGAACGCUUCGGAAAGUGGCCAAGGACCCGGAGCUUGCGUCGGUAAAGCUCCAUCUCGCUUCAUGGGGCUAUUGCACAGAGAAGGAUGUCGAUAUUGUUGCCGCAGACUUGAUAGAGGGAGUCUCCCUGCUGCGGCAGAAGGAUCUCGAGUCUCUCGGCGUCGCGGAGCCGUGGAUCUAUUGA